AUGGCUCGAGGGCGCCGCGACGAGUACGAGGAGGAGGAGGAGGAUGAGGAAGAAGAAGAGGAUUUGGAAGAGGAGGACGAAGAGGAGGAAGAGGAGCCGGCUGGGCGUAGAGGAGGGAAGAAGCGGAGGCGAUCGGAUUUCAUCGACGACGUCGCCGUGGAGGACGAGGAUGAGGAAGAGGAAGAGGAGGAAGAGGAGGAUGUCGGGGACCGCCGCAGAAGGAACCGGAAGCGGUCGGGGUCUCAGUUUUUUGACAUUGAGGCCACGGUGAUGUCGGACGAGGAGGAGGAGGAAGAGGAGGAAGGAGAGGACGGUAUGUUGCGCUGCAUUAGAUUUUAACCCCGAUUCACUUCAUCUUUUUCCUGUUUUUUGUGUCUUUUCAUUUUCUGGUUCCUUCGUGUUCUGUGGAAAACAGUUGAGACUUAAUAAAUGGUUAAUUCAGCUGUAACUAGGGUGCGCUGGGGGUUUCGCCAUGCUUAUUGCUAAUCAAAGAGGCGUUGCCUCUGGCUAGGAAAAGCCUAAAGCUUUGAUUUCGGGUCGUUUUCCCGGAAAAUAAUUAUUAGGUUUUCAGGAGCCCCUUGAAACAGUGGAACCGAUAAUAUCAAUUCGUGCAAAAGAUUUAUGAGUUCAUCUCACGCAAGCAACCUUGCAUAGUAACCCAAGAUGUCACAAGAUUUCGCAUGUUAUCUGUAUCUUGUGAUAAGCUUAAAGAACUGACGGUCUGUUAGAGUACUCGGGGACUAGACAUUAGUCCGUGCUACGGGGCAUACAUAUGUUGCAUGGAGUGUCAGAAGAGAACUGCGAUAUAUAUUUGAUAAUGUGGAGCCGACUGUAACCCUAUGAUUUCCUUCCCUAAUAGAGCCCAUGCUUCUACCAUCAGUGAAUUAAAUGCAGAAUUUUGAAUGAAUGUCUAAUCAAUUUUUUGAUGUGCGAUAAAGCUUUGGGAUAUAUAUUUAUGGACAGUGUUCGCCAAUAAGUAUUAUCAUUUGGUUUGUUCAAGUAGCAGUCACUGUUGAAUUUCUCUCUUCAUAGACGUUGUGUACGGUUCAGAAAUAUGGAGUUAUCUGCCUUUAAAAAAGGUGUCAGGCGUGCAUUUCUCACCAUGUAGCAUAUGUAACAGUUCUAUCACAUAGGAAAUUACUCUCAUUAAUUAAAAGUCAUAUGAUUAUCACAUGUUUAUUAAAUAGAUAUAGUUCACACGGUUUCUAAUAAUUCAUUUCGCGCAUUUGAUAGUUCUUUGGUUAAUCACGUAGAUUCGAUGUAGUAGUGAGCUGUGAUGUUGUGAUUCUGUUUAUUCAAAAGUCAGUCACCUUACUUCUUGCUUUUUUGUAAAUCUUAAAGACGAUAACAGUAUUUAGGUCAUCAAACAGUCCCUUUGCUUUCCCACUGACUAUAUGGCUAAAAUUAUGCAUCUCUGUUUACCCCUAUUGUCAAGGAUUUAUUAAUCGUAAUGCUUCAUGGAAAUGCUUAUUUCCAUAUUCACUGUGGUUAAUGGCAUAGUAAUCGAGUGGGGAUGCUUCUCCUAAGAAGAUGAUGAUUCUAAUAACUAGAUAUCAUGAGGCUGUCAAAAGAAUUGGCCCUAGACCUUUCAUGUUCCAUUGUUGAUGUAAAGGUUCCUCAAAAAAAGCUGUGGUCCAGAUUUUCGGUUUUUCCUUGUAGAAAAUUCGCAAGGUCUCUAGCUCAUUCGAUUUCCCGGAAAUAAUUUACUAAUUUGCUGACCAAAUGACACGAAUUUGUUUAAAUCCUUGUACGCAUUCUCUUAAUCCUUUCCAGUUUUCUUGGAUUGUGGUCAAAUCGAGAGAUAAAGUGCCUGUCUGGGUUUUGGGCAAAUCCAGAUGCUUGCAUAUAUUUAUACUUCUAAAGACAGUUUUCUUGCAAUGCUAUGUAAGAUUAUUUCUCACAUUUUAAGUCUCUUAUCCUGUAAUGUGCAGAUUUUUUUGUUGAUGGUGGAGCUGAGCUGCGCGAUGAUGAAGAAAGGGCAAUACAUCGCCGACCAUCAAUUUUAAUGCAACCAGAAGAUCAACUAGAUGUUGAUGAGCUGAGACAGCAAUUACAUGAAAGAUAUGCAAGGUCCAGUCACAUAGAAUAUGGUGAGGAGGCAACUGAAGUUGAACAGCAGGCUCUUUUGCCAUCAGUUAAAGAUCCAAAAUUGUGGAUGGUUAAGUGCAUGGUAUGACUUUGCAUAGUCUUUUCUUGUCGUAUAUUUAUUUUCUUGUUAAGUGCUUCUGUUAAUUGACUAUCUAACUUGUUUAGAUGGGCCAUGAGCGUGAGGCUGCCAUCUGCCUUAUGCAGAAGUAUUUUGAUAAAGGAGCUGAAUUGCAUAUUAGGUCAGCUAUUGCUCUAGACCAUCUUAAGAAUUACAUAUAUGUUGAAGCAGACAAAGAAGCUCAUGUGAAAGAGGUAAUUUUUUAUUGAUGGUUGUUGUCACUGGUCUUAUGUUCCUAACAUUUUCGGCUUUUGUCACCUAAUCAUUCUGCAUGAACAGGCAUGCAAAGGACUGCGCAAUAUUUUCUCCAUGAAAGUACAACUGGUUCCUAUUAAAGAGAUGACUGAUGUUCUUUCUGUUGAAAGCAAAAGUAUUGAUCUUACAAGGGAUACAUGGGUCCGAAUGAAGCUAGGAAUAUAUAAGGGAGACCUUGCAAAAGUAUGGAUAAUUCUUUCGUUAUUAUCAUUAUUAUUAACUUGAUAUGGUUGCCUCUGUUUUCAACAAUCAGGUGUUAGUUUAAAUGGUUACCUGUCAUUUUAUGUGGCUUGUAGUGUAUAAUUUUUACUUUCUGUUGACCCUCUAGUCCCUUUCCACCUUGUUGCAGGUUGUGGAUGUUGAUAAUGUUAGGCAGAGGGUUACGGUUAAGCUGAUUCCAAGGAUCGAUCUACAGACGAUUGCUAACAAAUUGGUAAAUGUCUCUUUGUGUCUAUCAUAUUAUUUAUUUUAGUUUAACAUGGAAGCACCAGUAUAUUGGGUGCUAUUUAUAUGCGACUUCGUUUCUGAAUUUAAAUCUUUUUCUGAAUUUCGCUUCACCAAGUUUUCACAGUUUAUCUUCCUUUUUUUCUGGUGAUCUCUGCUGAAUGCUCCUUUGACACUGUGAAUGGCAGGAAGGUAGGGAUGUCGGGAAAAAGAGAACCUUUCUUCCUCCACCAAGGUUUUUCAACACUGAUGAGGCCAGGUUACCUUUUAACCUUCUCUUACGACGAUUUUGCAAUCAUUUUACCUGGUUAUUUAGCAAAUGGGUUUAUUUAACCUGAUUGUUAUUUUUUCAGGGAGAUGCAUAUACGUGUUGAGCGAAGACGAGAUAGCAACACAGGGGAGUACUUCGAAAUGGUUGACAACAUGGCUUUCAAAGAUGGAUUUUUAUAUAAGUCAGUUUCCAUGAAAUCAAUUAGCUCUCAAAACAUUCAACCAACUUUUGAUGAGCUUGAGAAAUUUCGGAAGCCUGGCGAUGAUGCAGAUGGAGAUCUAGCUAGUCUGUCGACAUUGUUCUCAAAUAGAAAGAAAGGCCAUUUCAUGAAAGGUGAUGCGGUCAUUGUUGUUCGAGGUGAUCUGAAGAAUUUGAUGGGAUGGGUUGAGAAAGUCGAGGAAGAGAAUGUCCAUAUAAGGCCAAAGAUGGCCGGUCUUCCGGUAGUCACUUAUUAUUUUGUUUGGCUUUUAAGCUGCAUAUCACUAAUACUCAUAACGUUUGCUGCAAGAAUUUGACCAUUUUCUUUGCAUUUAUCAGAAAACACUGGCUUUUAAUGAAAAAGAACUCUGCAAGUACUUCAAACCAGGUGAUCAUGUGAAGGUCAUAUCUGGGAUCCAGGAAGGCACUACAGGCAUGGUGGUGAAGGUUGAAAGCCAUGUUUUGAUAAUGUUAUCUGAUACCACAAAAGAGCACGUAAGCUUAUUUAGACAUGAACAACAUAAUGACUUGACUUGAUGCUGUGGUUGGAUUAUCAUGACAUGUUUUGUGGAUGUUUUUUGAUGCUCAGAUACGUGUCUUUGCUGACAAUGUGGUGGAGAGUUCUGAGGUUACUUCUGGGGUUACAAAGAUUGGUGACUAUGAGUUGCAUGAUCUUGUGUUGCUUGAGUAAGACCAUAGACUUAUGUUUUUCUAACUUGGUUGCGCUGAGACAAUCCAUCUUCAUUUAUUAAUUACACCUUUUAUGUUCAUGGUUUCUGUCAACUUGAUAAUUUAUGAUUUUUAUUAUCUCUUUUAUCUUUUUAUGAUUAAUGGCCGGCAAAUAAUUUACAUCCAUUUUGUGCACCACUUCAACAUUUUUUUCAAUAAAAAACAUCAAACUUUCCUUGUUGUUUAAUUUUUUCUAAUUAAUUAAAUAUUUUCCAGCAACAUGUCUUUUGGUGUGAUCAUACGUGUGGAAAAGGAAGCAUUCCAGGUACGCUGGAAAUAAUUAGUGUGACAUAUUAUUGCUUGUGGUGUUGCACUGUCUAACUUCAGGCGCUUAUUUUCAGGUGUUGAAAGGAAUUCCUGAUAAACCUGAGGUUGUACUUGUUAAAUUGAGGGAAAUAAAGAACAAGAUUGACAGAAGAACAAAUGCCCAAGACAGGUAUCGAAAUACAGUCUCAAUGAAAGAUAUUGUUAGAGUUCUUGAAGGACCCUCGAAGGUGAUAUUCCUCAUUAUUGCUGCUUCGUUCUUCUCUUUUCUAUUUUAUGUUCACUUUUGCAAUUAUUAUUUGUUUAAUUCUAUUUAGGGAAAGCAAGGUCCGGUUGAACACAUCCACCGAGGGAUCCUGUUCAUCCAUGAUCGUCAUCACCUUGAACAUGCAGGCUUUAUUUGUGCCAAAGCCCAAUCAUGUAUAGUAGUUGGCGGAUCCCUUGGGAGUCGUGAUAGAAGCGUACGUUUCUUGAUGUGGGGCUUGCACUUUGUUCCUUAAAAUUUUUCUUUUUUGUGAGUAUGACCAAUCUGUUAUAUUUUAAUAGGAUUCCAUGGAUUCGAGAUUUGGUGGUUUAAGAUCAUCCGACUUCCUCCAAUCGCCAAUGAGACUACCUAGAGGAAGGCCUCCAAUAGACUGUAUGUUUUACAUUUCUUUCUUUGUUUGAAAGUCUCAUUUUUUUUUUUCAUGUUCAACUGUGGCAUGGAUGCUUUUUUUGAAAAUAAUCCAGUGUUAACUGAUAUAAAUAAAUGAUGCAGCUGGUGGACGGGGUAGAGGAGGAAGGGGACAUGACUCUAUGGUUGGCAAGUGUAUCAAAAUUCGUUUAGGUCCCUUUAAAGGCUAUCGAGGUCGUGUCACUGAAGUCACCGGGGAACUUGUUAGGGUUGAACUGGAUUCACAGAUGAAGAUAGUAACAGGUAGACCUUUUUUUAACGUGAGCUUUUCAUUAAUCUUUGUAGGAUUGACAGCAGUGUUCUUCUCAAUCUGUAGUGAAGCGAGAUCAGAUUGCUGACACCUCAAGCAUGGCGACGCCGUACCGGUAUCCGUUUAUUGUAUCCUAUUCUUAUAAAACUGUGGAGUAGGGAUUUUUCUUUUUUGAUCUGAUUCUCUGUUUGGCAGUGAAACACCUCGAUAUGGAAUGGGCAGUGAGACACCCUUGCAUCCAUCCCGAACUCCUCUUCACCCAUACAUGACUCCGAUGAGAGAUCCUGGAGGUCUGUGAUCCUUGAUAUUAGAUUUUUUUGUCAAAAGUGCAUUUAGAAUUUGUAAUUUCAUGUCUUCAAGACAUCGGAUAAAUGGCUUUGAUUUUAUCCUGUUUCUUAUUUGAUAUUUUUUCAAUGCCAAUUUUACUGCAGCAACACCCAUUCAUGAUGGCAUGAGAACACCUAUGCGUGAUCGUGCAUGGAAUCCAUAUGUACCAAUGAGCCCAGCAAGGUUUUUCCAUUCCUACUAAUUUUUUGGCAAUCGUAACCCUUGUGUACCGACAUUUUUUGUUGGAUUCAUUUUUACAUGGUAUGCUCAAUUUUUGUUGACUCAAGUCGUUUACGUGGCCACUGUCUCCAUUUUCAGAAGGAAAAAAACCCUAGAUCUUCUCUUUAUACAUGGAGGCCGCAUGCUUUCUUUAUCUCUUUGAAUUUAAUUUAUGUGGUAUUAUCCACUUUCCAAAAAAAAUGUUACUUUCCUUUCUAUUAAAGUGGACUAACAAAAGAGUGUGCAUUCCAACAGCUGAAUAUAUUCUUGAAAAAUAAACCCAUCCAAUUUCAAAAAUAAAAAAAUGACUGCACAGAAUGGUUUCUCUAUAUCCCAUUAGAUGACAAAAAUGUCUAAAAGGAAACUUUCAAUGUGGUUCCCAGUGCAAUACCCGUUAUUAGUAUGUAGGAAUGAUUCAUGUUAUCUUGGUAAGCUCCUGAGGCAUUUGGUGCCAUCAGUGUCCUCCAUCUUGACAUUAUAAGUUGACCCGUAACAUGUAUGAUCCCUAUAUUCUUAUUCUGUCUUUCUUACAGUCAGUUCCUACAGUCACGUGUAGAAUGAUUGUGCAUCUAGAAGGCGGUUGCUUUUCUUAUCAUUAUUUUCUAUUUGGAUAACAUCUCGAUCUAUAGUAUCAAAUGAAAUGGUGUGCUUAUAAUAACUCGUCGAUAAUUUUUCAUACGGGUGGAACUGAUCUUUGGAAAUUUUUCAGGGAUAAUUGGGAAGAUGGAAAUCCAGCCACUUGGGGGACAAGUCCUCAGUAUCAGGUUCACCUUGUCUAAUCUGUCAUUUGUUUCUUCUUUUUAUUUUUUCAUUUUUUUCAUUUUCCUUUGCAAGAAUUGACGCUUAAAGUUAACAUUAUCUCGCUAUCAAAUCCUUUAUCUCAGCCGGGAACUCCACCAAUUCGUUCAUACGAGGCGCCUACUCCAGGCUCAGGUUGGGCUAACACCCCAGGUGGCAGCUACAAUGAAGCUGGAACUCCUAGGGAAAGUAGCUCUGGAUAUGGUGAGCAUAAUCCAAAAUGUUUUCGCUAACUUUUGAAGUGUACCAGUUUUAACCUGAUGAUUAUUUCCUGCUCUUCAUCAGGAAAUGCGCCAAGCCCAUAUUUGCCGUCAACCCCUGGUGGUCAACCAAUGACCCCUAGUUCUGCAUCAUAUCUUCCCGGAACUCCUGGUGGGCAGCCAAUGACCCCUGGGAAUGUUGGAUUGGAUAUUAUGUCUCCGACAAUAGGUCAGAAGCUAUCCAUUUGCUUAUUUCCAAAUAUUCUACCGGAGUUAUAUCUAUAUUUCAUUUAUCUUCUAAAUGGAGUUUGAAGAUUACUUUUUGAAUUUAUUUUAUUAUAUCUGAUUUAAAAGUUUUCUUAUUUCCUCUGAGCCAUUGAUUAAAGUCACGAGGUUCAGCACUGUCACGUUCGAUGGCGGCCUCUCAUCAAUUUUUGUUUCAUAAUUCUAUAUCUAGGCCUAUUUGGCAUGUGGAAAUCUUACUAACAGAGUCCAUCUACUUCCAUUUCAUUUGUAACAUCUAUUCAUUCUGACUUGACUUGUGACAAACACUCAUUUGUUUUCCCUUUUACCUGUGAACUAUGCUUCGAUGACGUAUGCCUACUGUCAGAAGAUCAGAAAAUAAAUUUGAACUGCAGAGUCAGAAAAUCUUACUUGAUAGUUGUUUACGACUGAAACAAAUUUUCAGUUCAAAGGAAUUAGAAAAUCUCCCUUCAAAAACAUAAAAAAGUACCCCAAACACAUUAACCCCUUUAACUUGCAUAAAACAGAAGUCAGGAGAAACGAAGCUUGUAGUCAAAUGGUUAUUUACGCAUAGUGUGAAAUACGCUGCCUCAGUCAUAGCCAUUCCUUAUCAACAAAUUAGCCUGUUUUCAAUCGUAGAAGCUUCUGCGUAAAUAGUAUAUUAGGGAUUGAAAACUUUGGCAAAGCCCUCAUUUGAGAAAGUGAUUUGAAAGAUUCUUUGAUGACCAAAAAUGGAACUUCAACACUUUGAGCUUCAUUCCUACUUGGAGAAAGCGCUUGAUCUUGUUUCCAAUAUCAAAGGAAUCGAGCUGGAGAAGGAAACAUACUUAGAUUAGGGGAAAAAAAUAAUGUCUAGGUGAACUUUUGCUAGAAACCUUCAGAAAGUGUCACCAGAUUUUCAAAGAGAAACAUCACACCAAACGGGUGACAGUUUUUGAAGAUCAGAGGAUGCUUCAGAGGGUGCUAUGGUGUUUUUGAACGGUUCCGUCUUUCCUUCCCAAGAUGAAUCAACUAGCAAUUGACUGCAGAAGUCCUUUAAAUUUAAUACUUUAUUCAAACUUCUGGUUCACUUCAGUUUGCUUGUUGUGAUGUUAUGCACCAAAGUGCAUAGUUUCUCUUGAUACCUUUUCUGAAUUGAUCAUCCUUUUCAAAGCUUACUUUUAAGGUGAACCAGACGCUUCCUUUGAUUGAUUUCUCCUGCUUAUAUGAUAAUCCUGUUUCUGAUUGGAUGGAACAUCACUGAUCUGGUUGCCUGAUUUUAUUCUGUGAGCUUCUCAAUGAACCUCUAUUGAAAAAUGUCUGAAGCAUUCUAUUACGCCAAUUCCUCCAUGUGUGCUCACCAAAGUCUCUAUGUUAUGAUUGGCAUCCCAACCUACAUUUAUGCACUGUAUGGUAGUUCAGAUCUCAUUAACAGCCAGAGAAUUACAUCUCAGGUGAAGGGGAAGGAGGCUGGUACCUUCCGGACAUCAUGGUCAACGUUCUAAGACCAGGGGAGGACCCCCACGUCGGAGUCGUCAGAGAAGUUCUCCCAGUGAGUCAACACCCAUUAAUUCACCAAUCUCAGCAGCUAAAUGAGGAAUAGCCGCAUUGAAUCUACCCAACUGCUUUAAAGCUGGCAGACUAAAUUCUUCCCAAAAGAAGCACUCUGUGCUAUUUUCUUCUCGCUUCAUUCUUAGUUUUGCUCAAGUGGCUGGACUCUCCUUUCAGGACGGCUCUUGUAAGGUCUCAGUGGGGUCAACUACGUUGACUGCACACCCGGGAGAGAUGGAGAUGGUGCAACCCAAGAAGUCUGACAAGAUCCGGAUCAUGAGCGGUGCGCUGCGCGGGAGCAGUGGAAAGCUGAUCGGUGUUGAUGGAUCUGACGGCAUAGUGAGGCUGGACGACAGCCUCGAUGUCAAGAUCCUCGAUAUGGUAAUUCUUGGCAAAUUAUCUGUUCAAUGA